CGAAGGCCAAGAAGAUGGGAGCUUCGUUUUACGUCCUGACCACCCUUGUGGGUGCGCUGUCUUGCUUCUUCGUCGAGGCUGCAGAUAUCCCGGACUUACGGUACCUUAAAGCGUACACCGCACCUAAUUGUGCUGGCGCUUCUUACGAGUUCUUCGACUACACCCCAGAACUGAGCGUGUACGGCAUGGACAACUCCAUCAUCAGCAUUUAUUUUACUGGCAACUGGAUCCUGUACGCUGACAACUUCUACAAUUUCGAAGUUUUAGGAGGGACGUAUGUCCAUCGCAGCGGAAUCAACGUUUGCUACAACCUCGUUUCUCCCCUCGCUGGGAAUGCAUCUUCACUGCGGUACGCCGGCAGUCCGUACGGCAUCGACGACGUGUACUACAACCUGUACGACGGCUGGGCCUACUCGGGGGAUGAGUUCCGGAGCAACACGGACGCAGAGACCGUUGGUUACAUGGACAUGAGGACAACUUCUAUUAUCAUACAUGGACAGUCCCCGUGGACCUUCUACACGGGCCUGCAGUUCACAGGAGCGGCCGUGUGCUUCUACCCGACAUAUUUACACUCGAGCGGUGACAUUCAAAUUCGCCAUUCGUACGUUUACCCGGUAUCCCAGUUGGGCAUCCCGGACAACUCGAUCAGGUCGGUGGCCAAAGGCUGCCUCACCGACAACGUCUUCAGGGGCGCAAAUCCGACCUCGAGUCCAGAAGGUGCUGAGCCCAUGGAGCAUUUCAACCUAGAGGAAAACAACUUGGAGCAUUCCAAACUGGAGGAUGACAACCUGGAGCAUACCAAGCUGGAGGACGACAACCUGGAGCAUACCGACCUGGAGCAUGACAACCUGGAGCACCAUGAGCUGGAGCAAUAGGAUGGGACGGUGGAAGUUUAGCUGAAUGAGGCUAUAUUGAAAAGUGGUACCGGAAGCAGCUUCAGAAUUGCUUAUUAGAUAUAUGUUUAAUUGCAACGUCAUAGUUCAUAUUAUUUCUUCAAAUCGUCAACCUCGCACAAAACUAUUGUACCAUCUUCAAUAUAAUUACCCGUAAAUUAGCAGAGUUAAGCAGAGUUGCAUAUUGCGUGGUAGUUUAGAUCCAUCCAGUUACAACCGAAACCUUGACCCCGAUUGUGGCACAUAAAACGCCUUUUCAAUAUUUCCUGCCACUUAAUAGGUCUUAUUUGUACUGAAUUUAUACUAUGUGGAGUUGUUUUUAUUGUUAAACUUGAUGAUUGAUGAUAGAAAGCCAUGCACAGCAACGCUCCUGAGAACUAGCAGCACCGCGCACUAGAACGUGCAACAUGUACUCGUAUAAUGAAUUUAUAUCACUUGUUUGCUUAAAUC